GUAAUUGAUGGGUCACUCUCCGUCUCUCCCCAUUCUCCCUCCACACUCACAUCUUUAUUUUUUCUUUUCUUCAGAAAUUACUCAAACAAGAAACAAGCAUGGGGUUUACUUUACAUGCACAUAAAUCAAUAUUUUGUGUGUGUGUAUUCGUAAAUUUUGUAUGUUAUUCACUUUUGACCCAUUUUAACUUUUCACUUUAAUCAAAUUUUGUAUCUUUACGCCUCAACUACCUUAACGACGAAGCCCGCUACUUUCCAAAAAGUCAAAAAAGCCCCUCACUCACCAGUCUCUCUCUCUAUAUAUAUACUAUCUUUACACAAAACAGAACACACAAACACACACAAAACCUUGUUCAAUGGAAGAUUGGUUCUUAUGGCUCUCGAGAACAAACCUUGAACCUUCUCUAAUCCACGAAUACGGUCUCUCCUUCUCCCAGAACGAGCUCGAACUCGAAGACGUUGCUUACUUCAACCACGAGUUUCUCCAGAGCAUGGGAAUCUCCAUCGCUAAACAUCGUCUCGAGAUUCUCAAACUCGCUCGCCGAGAUCGCAAGAACGCUCCUCCACUCACCUCUCGGUCGAUCUCCAGAUUCGUGGUUGCUAUCAAGAAAACAGGUAAAUGUUUCUCCGAUCACGUACGCGCCUGGAUCCGCCGCGAAGAAGAGUCGUCUCGAGCUCUGGUGUUGUUGCCGCAGAAGAAGAAGACGAGCAGCAGGAUUAGUAAGUGGAGAUCAGGCGGGUUUAUGAAGAGGAACAAGAGAUCUGUGAUGCCGAGUAAUGGAAAUGGUGGAUUUGAGAAGCAAGAGAGGUUGCUCUUGACCAAUGGGACUCCUUGUAGACUCGAUAGCUUCUCAAGUCCCAUGGUUUUUGAUUACAGUUGCAAGGAUGAGAAACUACUUUAUGAUCAAGAUACUUGUUUCGAAGAUGUCAAAUGGGAUUCUAUGUUUCAGAAUCUCAAACCUACUUAGUAAUCUCUUGGUUUCAGAUUUGAUGGUGAGAGAUGAUGUUUUAGGUUUCUUCCACCAUGGACUUUUUUGAAGUUUUUUUUUUGGCCUUUGUGUGUUGGAGUGUGUGAUUAGGGUUUUUUUGGUUAAUUAACAAUUAGGGUUGAGUGGAGGUGUCAGGUGUGUGUGAGUGUGUGUGGGUCUUUGUAAUGAGUCUGUCUCUUCAGUCUUUGCUUUUGGCCUAAGUCUCUGUUCCAGUCAAAAACU